ACUUCAGGGCUUCCGUACGUACACUAGGGGUUUAUGUGUCUUUCUAUGAUGUAUAACGUGUAUUACUUUCAAUGUUCUGCUUGAAGGUGGAUGUUCUUACAGACUUGGCUACUUUGAAACAGCAAGAAUGGUGCGUGGAUAUGCAGUUUUAUCAGCAAUGUUCGUUAGCUUUAUGUUCCUACAAAAUGAUGCAAAACUUCCAAAGUUUGUGAAUAGGGUAUCGAAGUGCCCAGAGCCAGGUGAUAUCACAAAAUGGGAACGCCGGUCUGAAGAACUAGAAUGUCACCAUCCUCUGCAAGGGGGUUCCAGUCAACAACAAUCUCAUGUCUAUCAUUGUCUUCCAAGCAGUUAUUUGAAUGAAAGUGUGGAAUAUUGUGGAAUUUCAGGCCCAGUAGAUGCUGGUAAUUGUCCGGUGUACAAGUAUGCUAACACUAAUGGUCGGAACAAAGCUGUCAGUUACAGACAAUGCAGACAUUUUACAACAGGAUGUCCAGAUGAGUUCUAUCACUCUAAAGAAGUGUACAAAUAUCCUUCUUGUCUGAAUCUGAAUGAAGUCUCCAAAUGUUAUCUUAACGACAUUGCUUGUCCAACGAAAGACAACGUUUCCAUCCUGGGAGCAAAUGAGUAUCAAAAACGACGUUUUCCACGAAGACCUGGUUCCCAAAACUCCUCUUACAACUUACACACUAGCCAAAUUAUCUAUUGGAAGAUGGUUGGUGGUGUCUUUUCGAUGCGCCAUAAGAUUACAGUUACUAUGUCUUCAACUGAAAAUACAACUACGCUGGUUAUCGAUGCUAGAGACGUGACUGGACCACAUGUGAACAAAUCUGAUUUUGACUCUGACAGCGUCAUAACCUUACUCAUCGUGCUACUGGUCGUGUUGUCUGCAAUUGUAAUAGGUGGAACAGUGGGCUUUUUUCGUAAAAGGGAGAAUGUCACAGGAGCCAUGAGAUUUAUCAGAAGUAAAAUCAGGUGCCUAAGAAAAGUACAAUUGUCUUCCACAGAUCCUAACAGCAGCAUCCCCAUGCUUAAUGCCGGGGGAGAAGGCGACGGUGCUGCUACAUGUACAUGUACGUCCAAUGGAGGAUUGAUACCUGUAUAUAAGGAGAUGAAUGUUCUAAAAGCAGCUCACUUGAAAGAUUUAAUUUAUCGUGUGGCAACUGGAAUUGCUGAUACGAAUAUCAAGAGACUUAUUUUCAAUUUGAAAAAUGAUGUCAUCGGCAAUAGUGACAGGAUGUUGGCGAGGGAACUUGAUGAAAUUACUGAUGGAGAACAAUUACUGCUCUUCAUGCACAGAAUGUUUGAUCUGAAUUUAAAUCUUUGCAUUCUUCAAGGUUACCUUGAAUUGAUAGAUGAACAUAAACUAGCUCAGGAAUGCAAACAUUUUGCCAAAAGAAGCAAAGAACCCUUAUCAUUUUAUAGGAAACAUACCAAUAGAAAAGGUGUAACUACAGUAUAUGUCAAACUUGCCAAGGACAGAAGUGAAUGCACUUUAAAUGAUAUCGAAAAUGUAGCAAGGAAUAUAGCGCAUUUGGUCAACGCAAAACGGAAAGAUGUAAGAAUCCGCGGUAUCUCCGAGGGAUGUGUUCUUCUUCACCUGGACGUGACGAAUCGCUUUAUCUCCACUCUCAAACGAUGUAAUUUCAAUUGCUUGAAGCAAUUCGGUGUAUUUCGCAUCGAAAUAUCGGAUAAGUGCAUAUUUCAUUGCGACAAUCACCAUGAAGACGCAAUGCCCCAGGAUAAAUAUUCUAGCAAAAGAAAACGACAUACUAGAAAAUGGAGAUACACAUCCCCACAACGCCAAAAUACACAACCAAAAAAUGGGGAAAAAAACAGAAGCUGCAAACGUAUGCAUAAUUAAGAAAGGAGUCAUCACGGAUAUUCUUGAAAUAUGCAGGAAAGUGCUUGCUUUUUUUUUUUUUUUUUUUAAAUCUGUUUCAUUUUAAAAUUGAACCAUCCGUUUCACAUUUUGAUAAACAAUUAUUGUGAUGUUUUCGAAUACUAUUUUAAAAACUUGAUCUAUACGUUCCAAAGAGAAAAACCCAAUGUAAAUAUUUCAAUUUUUAAAACUCUUUAGAAACGUAUCAAAAUGUAAAGCUCGUGGAAGUCAAUUUCUGUACAGAAAUGAACCCCUCACUGUUGUGGAUGACUUUUCAUAUUUUGGUGUUAUCUUUUCUAGAAAGGGUUUAUUAAAAGCCUGUAAAUUCCGAUUUCUUCAGCAAGCUAGAAAAAUCAUGUUUUAUUUACAGUGUAAUUCAAGAGAACUACUUAUUGAUAUUGACUUGUUAUUGUUUGAUGCAAUCUCACCCAUUUUAUUGUGUUGAUCUGAAGUUUGGGUUUAUGAGAAUAAUGAUUUUAUUAAAUCAUUACAUUUAGAAUUUUGUAAGUAUAUUGUUUAUUAUGAAGGGGUAAAAAGUGCACCUGAAAUUGUAUUGUGAAUGGAAAACUUGUAACAGUAUCAUGCCAAUCUUUAUAAAAGCAGGGAUGAUUGGGUUUUGAGAACGUAAAAUAACAAGCAAACAAGAAACGAAGAUUUUACGGCAUCAUCUGGAUGUUGCUGAUGUUUUUCAUUCUAAAUGGUUGAAUUGUGUUUAAGAUAUUCUAAUUACAACUGAUCUAUCCCACUUAUCGAAAACUGGGACGAAACACGUUACAGAACACUUAAUUGCUUAAUGGAAAAAUCCAACACACAAUUUACCAAAGUGUUUGAAUCAUACAGGUUUUAUCAAAUUUAGUUUUGAGAAGUAUUUCAUAUAUUAAUAAUCUCAUGCAUUCAAUUUGCAAAUAUAGAUAUGGUACUCAUAGAAUCUCCAUUUGUUUAGCAUGGUCCAGGAGUUCAUGCCCUCAAUAUUCUUAAUUUUAUAUCUUUGAUAGGAGUUAUGAGAUUGAUCGCAGUUCUUUAUCUUCACCUUUUUAAUUUUAUAGUCAGAAUAUGUACAUGUAAUUUAGAAGAAAUGGGUGAUGCGUUUCAUUAUUUGUUCAAUUAUGAUUAUUUGAAAAAAGAAAGAUGUAAAUUUUUACCCUAUGCAUUAAUAUUAUUAAUGUUUUUGAUCUUAAGAAUAAUCAGGAUAAACAUGUGUUCAUUGGAUUAAGUAAUUUAUGCAAGGUUGUAAUGCCAUUUUUAUGCAAUGAAAUACAAACCGUACGUGAUCUUCCCUUUUUAUGAUGCCCCCUCUUAUCUUCACCCCAUAUGCUCUUCCAUCUAUAUGAUCUUUCAACACUUGUAAACUCUUGUAUGUAUGUUUUUCUUUUUUACUUGUUUGUUCAACUUAUGGAAAUGUACGUACUCUUAUGCCUUAUGUGAGGCCUUGGUCGAAUGAAAAGUUUAAAAGUUUUUUGUAUACAAAUUAGUGAAAGUUAAAGACGAUUAUUUUCUGAUGAAAAAGAUAUAUGUGUUAUUUGAAGACUAUUUCUCAGAAUGUCGCAAGCGAAUGUCCUAGUGAAUUAGAUUAUUAGUUUAUGAUGUUUGUUUUUAGCGUACAGUGCAUGAUUUCCUUUACCGUAUAUCGAUAUUCACUCUGUUUAUUAUGUUUUCUCGAGUCAUUAUAACAACUGACCGCUAUGCGAUGGUAUCAUAAAUAAUAAUGUGUGGUGUAUCGAUAUCCAAUCAUGUGGCAACGUUGUGGAGGGACGGUUUCCAAACCACCACUACGUAUAUCAUUAUUAUGACGUAUAAAGUUUGUUAUUUUAAGAUUUGAGUAGUAUCAAACAGAUAACGAAAAUGUUUCUUAUAGUUCAAUUUUGUUUUUGAAAAUUACGAAAUUUUUAUCAUAUUAAAAUGCGUUUGUUUGUAAAUCUUUGAAAAAAAUCAUUUUGACUUGUAGAAUUAAUUUCAUAAAGGUCACAAACCCAAUAUCGGAUACCUCAGUCAGACAAGGAUUAAAUCCGUUAGUUUUCAUUAUAGUACACUUUCAAAAUAAAGAAAAAAUGUAGUGAAGAAAUGUCAAUUUUAUGAAGAUGUUUAUCAACAAGAGGUAAAUGAAAUAUACAACAAAUAGAAUAAUAAUCAAUGCCGCAAAUUCAUAUCUGGCAUUAUAUAAUCACAUUUAAGGAUAUAUUUAUGUACGAAGUUCAUAAUUUGCAAGCUAGCUGCUUUAUGCAGUAUUGUAUAAAAAAAAUAUCUAAUUCAAUUUGAAAGAAAAACUAACAAACGACAUUUCACGACAUAUAAAUAAUUGAAAAAUUCAACAAAGGAAUUUCAUUUUAAAAUAUAUAUUACUAUACCCCCUCCCCGAUCAACGAGAAGUGAUCAGCACGCAGACUGUAAAAUUCUAAGCUAAUGUUUUGUUUUAAGUAUCAUUCAUUAUUUUACUUUUCAAAUGUAAUUCGACACAGUAACAGUUUAUUCAUACACCCCCAAUCUCUAAAAGUACUUUUAAAAUCAACAUGUGAAAUAAACCACAGCACCUCCUUGCAAUAAGUUGGUAAUUUAUACAUCUAGCAUACAAACUCGCUAAAUUCGCUUUGGGUGUAUAUACUUUGAAAUUUUAUAUAAAUGUACAAAAUCAUGACAUACAUGUAGUUCAUUGAUGACAUGCAUUAUCAUUCUGUGCAUUGCACCAACUUCAAUGUUUCAGCGAGCUCAUGUCCUAUUUUGCAUAUUGCAUGAAAGCCCAAUAUACAGUCCUUAUUCGGAUAAAAGAUAGUGAAAGAAUUGGAUAUCUGUAUUUCUGUAAGACAGCAUGGAAUUGGUGUCCAAUCGCCAUAUUCCGUUGUCAAUGUAUUCUGACAGUUACGCCCAGUUUCGAUAUCGAGCGAUAAUGGUACAUCAUUAUGAUAUCAUUCAAUAUAUUCCAAAACUGCCGUAUGUUUCUUUUUUUCGCUUGUACUCUCGUUUCGAUCUUACAAACUUUAACAUUCCAUCACUAAUCCUUUCUGACAUUCCAUUGGUGUCGUCUGUUGCUAUAGACGCUUGGUUGUGAAAAUGCAAGGUGCGUGUCUCUUAUAUUAUUAUAAUAUUUAUGUCUAGUCGAUAAAUAGCUGUUAAGUUAUGUUGUAUUUAUUAAAUAUUAUUUGAGUUAUUUCAUUGAGUUUGAACCUAUGGAUUUAAUUACUACAGGAAGGAUAAACGUCCGCUUUUACCAUUUUCUAUUUGGGCAGAACUACUUUUCUGGCUAAUCAAUGAUAUUCAUACAAAUAUGAAGGCAGUUUAUUUUUCUCUGUUUUCCUUCCACUUUCAAAAACUAUGCUACAGGUAUAUGAUAGUUUAAUGUACUUGUUUAGUAUCGAAAGGAGAUCUCGUUGGACAUAAAAUUGUUGAGUGGGGUGGAAAACAGCAAACAAUCAAUCGUUGGACAUACUUAAUAUUACACUCAAGGAUAAAACCCAUUUCUUCACUUUAAAAUUUCACUAUAUAUUCAUUACUUUUGUAUUUCAAAAACUUCACCAAAAUUUGAUGAUUAAUAAUAUUAUGCAAUAUGCCAAAUAUAUACAUAAUUUACUCAAGAAUCGUGACAAAUAUUACUUUUAGUAUUUUUCAAAACAUUUUUGUGGGUUGAUUUAUGAAUUACGAGGUAGACGUUUUUAAAACUGCUUUUUAAUAUGAAGUGUGUACCAUUAAGUUCAAAUAAAGUUCUUACAACAUGAUUAUUGUAGUGUGUGUUAAAAAACUGUAUUACAUAACAAUCACAUUUUUAAAUUUAGGCGAUUAUGUAUGAGUUGUGAACUUUUCAUAGUGAUGGCUAAAGUAGAAAUAUUUUAUCAGCGCUUUAAAGGGGUAUGAACUUGAUAUAAGCUGAAAUUAUUCCAGUUUUAUUUUUCCAUUUUUAAUGUUUAGAAUGCUUAACUAAAGUAUUUUAAUUGGUCAUUAGAAAUUUGAAUGCCAGUUGUCGAUAUACAUGGGGGACACAUAGCUUUUUUAUUUGUUAUGUAAACAUGGCUCUUGUCAUGUUUUUAUUUACAUAGGCAAAUAUACUACGGUACUUGGACAACAGCUUUUAUUAUUUACAUGUCUAUUUAUUUAGAGUUCUCAGACGGGGGUCAGGAACUGUUGGAAUAUAUGCACAACAUUCGGGUCGCAGCUAGCAGAGUGGGCCAUGCUGGUUGGUCCAAGUAUGACGAGCAAUAUCGCCUUAAAAAGAGCGGUACCAAUCCUCAUCAUGGGGGGUUGUGGAUUCAGUUUUAUGGGUCAUAUACAUAUCAGCCUCACAGCUUGAGCAGUCAAUUUGGGUUACUGACAGGGAUUCGGUCAACAAUGGGAAUAAUUUUCCCUUUCGUGUCAAUUUUAGACAAAAACAACAAAUCACACAGGGACAUAACACCCAGGGCGGGGGACAAGGGGCCAAAUAUAGCCAAGUCCCCAACAAAAUUUCAAAGCCAAUGGGUAUAUGCUAUGCCUUCAACAGAGGUUUCUGUUCUUUCAACCCAUGUAAGUUUCGACACCGAUGCACGGCCUGUGGCGGACCACACCCUCAAGCAAAUUGUCCCCAGUAGUGGAAUUCAUCCAAAUUUGUACAGCUUGGGGCAUACCCCAUCAAAUAUCUUGAGUUAUGUAAUGCACUUUCAUCAUACCCUGUUAUACCAGAUAGAAUUCAGAUCAUGCAUGAUUUUAAAUUUGGUUUUCCCCUGCAUUAUGCAGGCCCAAGGACACAUAGGGAAGCCAGAAAUUUGAAGUCGGCACGCUUAGCACCUAUGAUUGUAAAACAAAAGUUAGAAAAGGAAGUUAGCUUGGGUAGAAUGACAGGCCCUUUUGAGGCCAUUCCUUUUCCUACUUUAAGAGUUUCACCAGUCGGACUUGUGCCCCAAAAAGAUGGUGACAAACGUUUGAUUCAUCAUCUAUCAUAUCCACAAUUCGAGUCCGUCAAUUACUUUAUUGACCCAGAUAUUUGUACUGUCAAAUAUAGUAACGUAGAUGAAGUAGUUCUUAUGAUCCAAAAUUUAGGCCGGGGGCUUUUUUUUUUUUUUUUUUUUUUAGCUAAAGCUGACCUGAAAAGUGCUUUCCGUUUACUGCCCAUCAACCCAGGUGACUUCGAUCUACUUGGCAUUAAAUGUAAUGGUCAAUAUUAUUAUGAGAAAUGCUUGCCAUUUGGUUAGAAACUUUCUUGUGCUCUAUUUAACAAAUUUAGCACGUUUUUGCACUGGCUACUGGCUAAGACAUCUGGUAACCAUAACAUAAUACAUUACCUUGACGAAUUUUUAUUUGGGGGAACAUCUCAAGACAACAAAUGUAGACACACGUUACAGGUAUUUCACCAAGUUAGUGACCGGCUUGGUGUCCCUAUCGCUCCAUAAAAGGCAGUUGAGCCAACUGCUUGUUUAGAUUUUCUAGGUGUUGAAUUCGACACCUUGUCCAUGCAGAUGCGAUUGCCUCAAGCUAGAGUUGGUUAAGAUAAUACAGGACUGCAUUGGCGCUAAGAAAAUUACCCUAUGUGACCUUCAAUCUAUUAUUGGGUCAUUAAACUUUGCUUGUCAGGUCGUAGUCGCAGGUCGAGCUUUCAUUAAUAAUAAUAAUGCUUAAUAAUAAUGAUUGGUUUUAUAGAGCGCCUUUUCCAGCGUAUGUUGCUCAAAGCGCUUUACAAUAAUCAAUGUACAUCAUUACCCCGGCA